GGAGCCACGGUGCGCCGCGGUCGGACUGACGCGCGCGGGGGCGGGGCCGCGCCUGCGCAGACCCGCUGUUAUGGCGGCCGCCUAGGUCCCACCGAGAGGGUGGUCGGGUGGGACUCCAGGCUGGGCUCUGUGGCGGCUGGAUUCUCUUCCCUGGCCAAGUCUCUGAGACUUCCUCCCAGGGUGAUGCAAAGCUACUGGCUGUCUACCAGCUUGGGCCUGUCUGCACUGUCUCCUCUGGGACCUGCCAGACUGAGAACCUGUUUUCGCCUCUGAGGGGCUCCUGUCCCAGGACUCAGGUGGAGCCUGGGCCAUGGUGCAGCUGGCUCCUGCUGCAGCCAUGGACGAAGUCACCUUUAGAAGCGAUACUGUGCUGUCGGACGUCCACCUCUACACCCCAAAUCAUAGACACCUCAUGGUGCGGCUGAACAGUGUGGGGCAGCCAGUUUUCCUCUCCCAGUUCAAGCUUCUCUGGAGCCAAGAUUCUUGGACAGACUCAGGGGCCAAGAGUGGUGAUCACAGAGAGAUUCACACAAAGGAGCCUCCUCCUGCUGAGACGAGCAGCACAGGGUCCCCUCCAGGAAGUGACCACGGUAACGAGGGUUUCUCCCUCCAGGCCGGGGCUGACACCACUGGCCAGGAAGUGGCGGAAGCUCAGCUAGACGAGGAUGGGGAUUUGGACGUGGUGAGGAGACCACGAGCUGCCUCUGAUUCCAGCCCAGCAGGGCCUCUGAGAGACAAGGUACAUCCCAUGAUUCUAGCGCAGGAAGAAGACGACGUCGUGGGAGAGGAAGCACAAGGCAGCCCCCACGAUAUCAUCAGAAUAGAGCACACCAUGGCCACGCCCCUGGAGGAUGUUGGCAAGCAGGUGUGGCGGGGCGCCCUCCUCCUGGCGGACUACAUCCUGUUCCGACAGGACCUCUUCAGAGGAUGCACGGCGCUGGAGCUCGGGGCAGGCACCGGACUCGCUAGCAUCAUCGCAGCCACUAUGGCACGGACCGUUUAUUGUACAGAUGUCGGUGCAGAUCUCUUGGCCAUGUGCCAGCGAAACAUUGCCCUCAACAGCCACCUGGCUGCCGCUGGAGGUGGUGUAGUUAAGGUCAAAGAACUGGACUGGCUGAAGGACGACCUCUGCACAGAUCCUGAGGUCCCCUUCAGUUGGUCACAAGAGGAAAUUUCUGACUUGUACGAUCACGCCACCAUCCUGUUUGCAGCCGAAGUGUUUUACGACGAUGACUUGACUGAUGCUGUGUUUAAAACACUCUCCCGACUUGCCCAUAGAUUGAAAAAUGCCUGCACGGCCAUCCUGUCGGUGGAGAAGAGGCUCAACUUCACACUGAGACACUUGGACGUCACGUGUGAAGCGUACGAUCACUUCCGCUCCUGCCUGCGUGCACUGGAGCGGCUCAGGGAUGGCAACCUGCGUUUCGUGGUGGAGCCCGUCGAGGCCUCCUUCCCGCAGCUCCUGCUUUACGAGCGCAUCCGGCAGCUGGAGCUCUGGAAGAUUGUUGCAGAACCAGUAACAUGACCCAUUGCUUCCACAAGGCACGGCAUCUUGACUGUUCUUAUAGUAGAUUUCUAUUAAAAUCAGAAGCUCACCAAAGCAA